AUGAUAUGGAGCUACAUCUCUUUAUUGUUUUGCUGUGCCUUUGUCUUAUCAGAAUUAUACAUAGCAAGCGAAAUUUCAGUUGUAGCCAAUGCCGAUGUUUGGUUUUGUUCAGUAGAAAUUAAAAGAAAGUUUAGUAAAACGAAAAAUAUACUAAAUUCUAAUUUAAUUCGCGAAUACACGUAUAAUAUAAGCCAAAAAGUCUUAAAUACAAAUUCAUUGUUCGUGAUUAAUCAAAAAUCUGAUAAUAUCGACUACGAAAUUGAACCAGAUCAUCAUUAUCAAGUAUUUAACUUCGUUUCCGGGCAUUUUUACCAUCUUCGCAGUUCAUAUGUACAACAUUCGCUUCAUAUAAUUUCAAAUAGAAAAGAGAUCGUGCCAAUCGAACCAAAAAUAGUUUCAUUCAUUCACAGACCAUCUAAUGGCCGAAUAAUAGGUUCUUAUGAACACGUUAUUGCAACUGGCCAUCUUUAUUCAUAUAAUUACGGCCAUUUUAUCGGCGACUUCCUUUGUCCUCUCAUGGCAAUGCCAGAUGAGAUCCUACAGAAAUCCUACAUCUUUGGAAAAGCUAGAUUAAAUUUUGUCAACGAAUUCUUUAAAUGUCUCGGAUUUGAAGGCAAAUACAUCGAAGCAGGCGAUAGAGAAUGGAUAUACGCAGAGAACUUAUAUGUUACUGCCAAUCCAAAUCCUCAUUGCGCCCACUUUGGCCCAUUAUAUAAAAAACUUGGCGACAUCAUCAAAAAAAGUCUCAAUAUAUACGAUGUUAUACCAAAUAGAUACAUUGUUGCCAACAGAAAGUCCCAUAUGAGAGUUAUUCACAACGUAGAGAACCUGACAAAAGCAUUACAACAAUCUUUUCCUGAAAAUAAAUACGAAAUAGUUGUUGACGAAAAAAUGACAUUAGAAGAAAGUGCAAAAAUAUUUGGAUACGCGAAAUUCAUGUUUAUGGUUGUAGGAAGCAACUGUUUCAAGAGUCUUGUCAUCAAUCCAAAGGCUGUAAUUGUUCUUGUCGGCACAAAAGUAUAUGAUAAUAGUGCUAUAAAUGUGAUUGGUUCAAAUGGAAACAAAAUAGUUUUCUAUGUAGAACCAAAGGUAGAACACGCUGGUUAUUCGUAUAAUAUAUUUAAUAUUUCUAUGGCAAUCAAAGCUUCUAGUAUUGCAAAUUAUUAUAUAGAGCAUGGAUGUUUUCCUAAUGAUCCAGUUGGAUCUGUUGUUGUUUAG